AUGCACUCAACAGCCAGCUAUCCUGAAGUCAACGUGGGCCCGGAUUCGGUGCUCAUAAUCGUCUCUUCGAGUGGAUCCUCCGGAUUACCGAAGGGCGUGCAACUCACACAUCGCAACAUUCUCACCCAGGUGACAUCAUUGCGCCCCACCACCACCGGCAAUCAUCGGCAUGGACGCCUGACUGGAGAUCGACCGGUACAUCACGCCGCCACUUCCACGCUACCCCAUCGCCUCACCGCCCAGCCUCCACAGAAGAGGCCCGAAGACCAAUGCCAACCCAACUGGGAGAGCCAGCUGCCUGGGGGCCGCAGCCACCAGGACGUGCCAGGGUUGUGUGGACACCCCGAUGGCCUAUGCUCUCUCAAGGCCACGGCGCAGCACGCCGAAAACCCCGAGCCCCGCCAGACCGGAGGAGCCCGAACCAUGCUGGAGAGGCCGCCUGGAAUGAAACGCCUCGCUGACUCGCUCCUGUCAAUCACCACCAACGACCAGAGAGGCGGGGCCCAAGGAGACGCGGUCCGGACCACGGGGCUGCAGGAGCAGGCAACAACACUACUGCUCUACCCAACGCUCACGCUGAAGCUGAACCAGCACCCACUGCUGGGCGAGUUUGACACGAGCAGCCUCACAAAGCUCUUGGUGGCGGGUGGGACUGUCACAGGUCAUCUACUGCAAAGCAUCACGAAGAAGCUGAACCUGAAAGGAAUAACACAAGUGUAUGGCAUGACAGAAUUAACAGGAGCUGUUACACUUUCUACACCAAACCUCAUUGAUAUCAAGAGCGUGGGAAAGCCUGCGGCCUUCAUGGAAAUGAAGGAAGUCGACCCAGAAACCCGGGAAUCUUUGGGGCCACUUCAACACGGGGAGAUUUGCGUCCGGGGUCCGAGCGCUUUCAAGGGAUACGUUGGGCGACCGGAGGAAACGGCAGCUCUUUACGAGGACGGCUUCAUCAUGACAGGUGACACCGGCUACUACUCUGCGGAUGGCCUCUUCUACGUAAGCGGCCGAAUCAAAGAACUGAUUAAAUGCAUGGACCAGCAGGUGGCGCCAGCAGAAUUGGAAGAGUUGCUUGCCGCCGAUCCUGGGGUCCGGCAGGUGGUCGUCGCAGGAGUGCCGCAUCCUCAAUUAGGAGAAGCAGCCCGCGCAUUUGUGGUCCCUUCACAACGUCUACAAGGCCCCUCUGAAGAGCAGCAGGAGGCCAACAGGCUCAAGGAACUUGUGGCUGUCAAUCUGGCCAUCCACAAACACCUACACGGAGGAGUUGAGUUCUUGGAGCGUAUACCUCACACAGAAAGCGGCAAGGACUUACGCAGGGCUCUCAAGGACGCAUACCUUGAGCAACAGGGUGGCGAUUAAAUUGAUCCUGUCUAGCAGCAACUGUCAUCAACGCCCACCUAUAUUCGCGCCACUGCUCCGUGUCUGCAUCACACAGCUUGAGUAGCCGA